AUGCCCCUCGACGAGGAAGAGGAGAAUAGUAUGCCUUUUGCCCGGCUUCUUUUGACUAUGGCUGUCCUAUCGCUAGCACUAUUUGUCGGAGCCAUUGACCAAACCAUCGUCGCCACAGCCACCGUCCGCAUAAGCGAGGAGUUCGACGCUAUGACACAGAUAGUCUGGCUAGCAAACGCCUAUCAGCUGAGUUCAACUGCGCUCCAGCCAGUAACGGGAAAGCUGAGCGACAUUUUCGGGCGCACCCAGGUUCUGCUGGCCAGUCUGGUGAUAUUUGCGGCAGGCUCGCUUUCCAUGAAUGUGCUGCUAGCUGGACGUGGAAUAGCAGGUGCCGGGUCCGCAGGCAUUAUUGGGCUCACCCUCGUGAUCGUGUCUGACAUUGUGCCCAUGCGCAAGCGAGGGCCGUACAUGGCGAUCUUCUCUCUUGUAUUCUCCAUAUCAUCAGUAGUCGGACCCUUGCUCGGCGGGGUUUUUACCGAUCACAUCUCCUGGCGCUGGGUGUUUUGGCUUAGCGAGCCCAUCGCUGGGUUCGUUAUCGUGGCGGUCAUUAUUCUGAUUCGCUUCCCUCAUUCGUCGACUGGCAUGUGGGCCAAGCUCAAGCGCAUUGAUUACCUAGGGAUAUUGCUGCUUGUUGGUGGGCUUACCAUGUUCAUGAUCGGGCUGACUCUUCCCAGCAACGGCCACAGCUGGGGGUCAACAGAGGUUGUGCUUUGCAUGUCGGGCGGUGCCGUUGCGGUAGCGCUGUUUUUCAUUGUUGAGUGGAAAUUUGCACUUGAUCCUAUUGUGCCGCUGCGCUUGUUUCAGAUCCGCAACGUUACCCUGAUGAUGGGUGGGUCGUUCUUCAUGGGCGCCUGCAUGUUCACCAUCAUAUUCUUCAUCCCCCUGUACUACAACGUUGUCGAGAAUCUGUCAUCGACCCAGGCUGGCCUGUACCUGCUUCCAUUCGUAAUCGGCAUCCUGAUCACCAGCAUUCUGACCGGCUGGCUUGUUGCCAGGCUCGGUAUCUACCGCCCUUUCAUGUGGACGGGCACGGCAGUGUGCGCGGUAGGUAUCGGGCUUCUGAUGCUGCUGGAUCGCAGCUCGAUACUGGCUGAGCGUAUUUGCUAUCUGCUUAUUGCUGGUCUGGGAAUGGGUGCAUUCAUCCAGCUCAGUCUGAUUGCGGGACAGGCAGCGGCCAGGGUUGAGGACAUGGCAUCGGCAACUGCAGUAUUAACCUUCUUCCGGUCUAUUGGGAGCGUAUGUGGGAUGGCUGCAAUGCAGACAGUCCUGCAAACCGAGCUGCGGAACCGCCUAUAUGGGCUUAUCAACUCGUACAGCGGCUUUCAGCGUACCAUCCUCCGUGCGAUUGACAACCCCCAUGUCAUAUAUGGGUCCCAUGUUCCUCUGGAGCUACGCGACGAAAUCAUAGAUGCAUACAUGCACUCGCUCAAUCGCGUGUUUCUGAUUAUGCUCGUCUUUGCUGUGGCAAUGUUUCUGUGGACCCUGCCGCUACAGCACCGGACCCUGGCCCGACGGCUGCCGAAACGAACAGCGCCCGACGAGGUCAACCAGCGAGCGGAGGAGCCGCCCAGGCCUUCGUCAUGUGUAUAA